AUGGUUCACCAUGAGAAAUCCGCCGUGGAAGAAUUACUUCGGGCCUUGACCUUGGAGGAGAAGGUUUCCCUGUUGGCUGGGAAAAACAUGUGGGAAACAGCGAACAUCGACAGGCUGGGGAUCCCUAGUUUAAAGAUGACGGAUGGGCCAGCUGGAGCGAGAGGGUCAAAAUGGACAUAUGGUUCACUGACAACAUUCAUUCCUUGUGGGAUCUCUUUGGCUGCCACAUUUGAUCCGGAGUUGGUCCAAAAGGUGGGCGGCGUCCUAGGGGAGGAGACACGACGCAAGCACUGCCAGGUCCUCCUAGCUCCCACUAUGAAUUUGUCGCGAUCCCCCCUAGGUGGUCGGAACUUCGAGGGCUACGGCGAAGACCCGUACUUGAUUGGGAAAGUAUCGACUGCGAUAAUUCGGGGUAUUCAGAGCCAAGGGGUGGCAGCAUGCAUGAAGCACUUUAUCGCGAAUGAUACCGAAACGCGGCGGUUCAACGUCGACCAAACCAUUGACGAGCGUACUCUUCGCGAAGUGUACAUGAAACCCUUCGUGAUGGCUCUGGAUGCGGACCCAUUAACUGCCAUGGUCAGCUAUCCAAAGAUAAACGGAUACCACGCGGACUUGAGCCCUUCCAUCCUCAAGCCGCUUCUGCGUGAAGAAUUGCAAUUUGACCGCAUAGUCAUGAGUGACUGGGGUGGGCUGAACAGUACCGUGGAGAGCCUGAUCGCUACUACCGACUUAGAAAUGCCAGGGCCGGCGGUGCGACGUGGUGAAAAGCUCCUCGCUGCCAUAGCACAAGGUCAGAUCGACGUCGCCAAGCACGUUGAUCCCAGUGUCAGACGGAUUUUAGAACUACUUGAUCGGGUCGGUCUACUGUCCGAAUCAUCCGCCAAUGGCGCCGUAAAGAACGACGAGGCUGAAUCUGAGAAAGCGCCGGACGACCCGAACUUCCAUCGGAUCGCUCGUGAGGCGGCACAGGACGGUCUUGUUCUCCUCAAGAAUGAGGGUGUUUUACCCUUGCAACCCUCCUCUCUUGAGAAGAUUGCCAUCUUGGGUCCUAAUGCCCGCCGUCCGACAGCGGGAGGCGCUGGCAGUGCUGCUGUCAAUCCAUUUUACAUCACCACUCCCGAAGAAUGCCUUACGACCGCCAUCCGACAAGUCAAUCCAGGGACGGAAAUUGUCUACGAGCAGGGUAUUCCGUUUAGUCUGCGCCCACCUCUACUAGGUAGCAAGCUCACCACACCUAAUGGUUCCCGCAAGGGCCUUGAGGUAACUUUCUACGCCGGACAUGAGUUUCAGGGGCCCCCAGUAGCAACCACCUACUGGGAUGACUCCCUUGUAUAUCUCUUCAGCGAUGGUGAUGUCCCGGAAUCGCUCAAGGGCACCCCCUACUGUUACCAGGCAUCUGGCAUUGUGACACCCCAGGUAUCGGGUUGGUAUACAUGGAGUGUGGCCAAUACAGGAAAGGCUAAGCUGUUCAUCGACGAUGUAAUGAUCAUUGAUAAUUCCGAGUGGUCACGGAUAACCGGAGGCUUCCUAGGAUGCUCCAGUGAAGAUCGGACUGUUCGGAUGCAAUUGCAGGCAGAGAAAACAUAUCGCCUGAGGGUGGACAACAUAGUGACACUACCACCCAUCGAAUCCUUUGAUAAUACACUCUUUCCAAAUGUCUCGGGCCUACGGGUUGGCCUUGCCCGGGAGGAGGAUGAGCAGGCAAUGCUAAACCGCGCAGUGGAUUGCGCCAGAUCAUCCGAUAUAGCUGUCCUCGUCGUCGGUCACAAUAAGGACUCGGAAGGUGAAGGUGGGGAUCGCAUCAACAUGGAAUUGCCAGGCCAGACGGAUGCACUCGUCCAAGCAGUAUGUGAGGCCAAUCCUAAUACAAUCGUUGUCGUUCAGGCAGCCAGCGCUGUAACAAUGCCGUGGGUGAAUCAAGCCCGCGCGAUUGUCAUGGCUUGGUACCAGGGCCAGGAGAAUGGGAAUGCCUUGGCAGACGCCCUUCUAGGUCAUUGCAACUUCUCCGGUAAAACGCCUAUCACCUUUCCUCGCCAGCUGGAGGACCACGGCUCUCAUGCAUGGUUUCCCGGGCAGGCCGCCAACGACGCUUGUGAAUUCGGGGAGCAAGUAUUGGUUGGAUAUCGUCAUCUCGAUAAACACGGCAUCAAUCCACUUUGGCCGUUCGGAUAUGGAUUGUCUUACACGCGGUUUGAGGUCACAGAUAUUCGCCUUGAUGGGCACAUAACCACUGCACCAGCUUCCACCAUCUCGAUCCACGCUCGCGUCUCCAACGUUGGCGAACAAGAUGGCUCCGAGGUAGUCCAGGCCUACGUCAGUCCGUCCGAGCAGAUCCAAAAGAAGGGGCUGGUCACCUAUCAAAAGACACUUGCUGGAUUUUGCAAGGUGUUCGUACCUGUUGGAGAAACCAGAGACGUCGCUAUUCAGGUCAGCAAGGAAGAAUUGCGUUGGUAUAAUGCAGAGGCGCGUUCAUGGCAGCUAGAUCCAGGCAGGUACUAUUGCUUUGUUGGCACUAGUGCCGUUGAUAUUCACGGCGAACUGGAGUUCCAUCUGGUGUAG